GAACCGCCCGUAUCUCUGGUGCUCGGGGGCGGCCGCCAUUUUGUUUCUGUGUGGAGGGCGGGGACGGGUUUGGCUGAGCCCCUUGCCUGCCGUUAAGUGACCUCCGCCCGCAUCCCGAUCUCUUGUCAGGGGCCGGGGAAGGCCGACGUCGUGGUGGACUCGAGCCGGCUGAGCUCGAAGCUGGUCGCUUAUCGCCUUGGCCAGGGCAGGGGGCUGCCCGAGAUGCGACAUUCAAAACGAAGUCAUUGCUCUGAGUGGGAUGAUAGAAAGAACUGGGAUCAAGGAAAGCACAGUGCUCCCCAUAAACGCAAAAAGAGGUCCCACAGCAGUGUACAAGAAAGCAAACCUGAUAAAUCACAUCAUCUUGAAGUUUCAGACAGUCAUUCAUUGGACGAUAGAUCCAUAAAUGAGAGAGAUCAUCAUGACCGGAGAUAUGUUGAGGAAUACAGAAAUGACUUCUGUGAAGGAUAUGACCACAGGCAUUAUCACAGAGACUAUGAAAAGAGUCACCAUCACCACUAUAGCAAAUCCUCUGGUCGGAGCAGGAAAAGUAGUCAUAAAAGGAAGCAUAAGAGACAUCAUUGCUCCAGUCACCAUUCACAUUCGAAGAGUCACCGAAGGAAAGGAUCGAGGAGUGUAGAGGAUGAUGAGGAGGGUCACCUGGUCUGUGAAAGUGGAGACGUACUAAGAGCAAGAUAUGAAAUUAUUGCCACGUUAGGGGAAGGGGCAUUUGGAAAAGUAGUGGAAUGCAUUGAUCACAAUAUGAGAGGAAUGCAUGUAGCAGUUAAAAUUGUGAAAAAUGUUAGUAGAUACCGUGAAGCAGCCCGUUCAGAAAUACAGGUAUUGGAGUAUUUAAACACCAUGGAUCCCAGCAGCACGUUCCGCUGUGUCCAGAUGCUGGAAUGGUUUGAUCAUCAUGGUCAUGUUUGCAUUGUGUUUGAGCUGCUGGGACUUAGUACCUAUGACUUUAUUAAAGAAAACAGCUUUUUGCCAUUUCAUAUUAAUGACAUUAGACAGAUGGCAUAUCAGAUUUGCCAGUCUAUAAAUUUUUUACAUCACAAUAAGUUGACUCAUACAGAUCUGAAACCUGAAAAUAUUUUGUUUGUGGAGUCUGACUAUGUAGUAAAGUACAACUCUAAAAUGAAGCGGGAUGAACGCACACUAAAAAACACAGACAUCAAAGUUGUAGAUUUUGGAAGUGCAACUUUUGAUAAUGAACAUCACAGUACUUUAGUGUCUACAAGACAUUACAGAGCUCCUGAAGUUAUUUUAGCGCUGGGGUGGUCACAGCCCUGUGAUGUUUGGAGUAUAGGUUGCAUUCUAAUUGAAUAUUACCUUGGUCUUACAGUAUUUCAGACACAUGAUAGUAAAGAACACUUGGCAAUGAUGGAGAGAAUGUUAGGGCCUCUACCAACUCACAUGAUUAAGAAAUCAAGAAAACGCUAUUUUCAGCAUGACCAAUUGGACUGGGAUGAACAUAGUUCUGCAGGUCGAUAUGUUAGGAGACGUUGUAAACCAUUAAAGGAAUUAAUGCAUUGUCAUGACUCAGAUCAUCAGAAUCUAUUUGACCUAAUUCGCAGAAUGUUGGAGUAUGAUCCAGCCAAAAGAAUUACUCUUGAUGAAGCCUUGCAGCAUCCUUUCUUUGACUUAUUAAAAAAUAAAUAAUUCAGAGAUCUUAUGUGUUUCUCCGAGGAGACUACAUAGACUGUGUCAGUCAACAGAGCUAGCAUGAGAUUUUUGUAAACUUUAAUUUAUUUUGUACAUUAAAUUUAAAUAUUUCCAUA